GAGUCAGUCGCGUCAGUUCGUCGCUCGCGGUGAGGUCAUACACGUUCGAUGCUUCUUUUAAAAUUUAUUAUUCCGUUGCGCAUACGACGAGAGUCUCAUGUUCGUUUCUUACGUUAAAAGAACGAUAGAGAUGAUCAAAGUACACGAAUUGGACGAAGAGUAGUGUCUUCUGAAAUCGUCUUGAGAAAACUUUGAAAAUUUAUCAAGAGAAAGAGAGAGAGAAAGAAAAAAAAAGGAAUCAAGAACAGCAAAAAAAAAAAGAAAAGGAAAACAGGAAGGACAUAUGAAGAAGAGGGAUAGAAGAAGGAAGGAGAAGACGAACUCUAGAAGAAACGAUUUAUUGUAAGGAAACGAAAGAAACUUUGUGACGUAGAAAUGAAAGAUACGAGUAGUACGAAGUACGAACAGUUCUUCGACGACGCAACGUUGGAGAUACCACCGGACAAGGAGCUCAAGGAGCAACAUAAUGCGGAUUUAAACGGAGAGGAUAAAGAUCAGGAUAGCAAAAUGUGGUUAACGACAGCUGAAGCAGCUAGUCUUGGUGCAGAGGAGGUAGCAGCUAGAUUGCACGUCGAUGUAAGGACAGGACUUUGGUGGCAAGAAGCUGACCAAAGGAGACAAUUAAUUGGUUUUAAUGAACUUACUGUUAAGGAAGAGGAACCUACAUGGAAAAAAUAUAUCGAACAAUUUAAAAAUCCAUUGAUUCUUUUAUUGCUUGCAUCUGCUUUGGUCAGUGUUUGUAUGAAACAAUUUGAUGAUGCUGUCAGUAUUACAGUGGCUAUCAUAAUAGUUGUAACUGUUGCAUUUGUACAAGAAUAUCGUUCUGAAAAAUCUUUGGAAGAAUUGAAUAAACUAGUACCUCCUACUUGCCACUGUUUACGGGAGGGGCAAGUAGAAACAUUUCUUGCUCGUAAGUUAGUUCCUGGAGAUGUGGUUUAUUUAAAUAUCGGUGAUAGAGUACCUGCGGAUAUCAGAAUAUUUGAAGCUAUAGAUUUGGCUAUCGAUGAAAGCAGUUUCACUGGAGAAACUGAACCAGCUCAGAAAUCAACAGCUCCUUUGCUUAAAACAAAUGGAUUAACUUCAAAGAAAAAUAUUGCUUUUAUGGGAACAUUAGUACGUUGUGGAAAUGGCAAAGGGAUAGUAGUAAAUACAGGAGAAAAGAGUGAGUUCGGGGAGGUGUUUGCAAUGAUGCAAGCGGAAGAAGCACCAAAAACUCCAUUGCAAAGGAGUAUGGACAUUUUGGGUACACAAUUAUCAUUCUAUUCAUUCUGCAUCAUUGGCAUUAUUAUGCUUCUUGGCUGGAUCCAAGGAAAGGCACUUUUAGAAAUGUUUACUAUUAGCGUCAGUUUAGCAGUAGCAGCUAUACCCGAAGGUUUACCUAUUGUGGUUACUGUAACACUCGCGUUAGGUGUAAUGAGAAUGGCAAAGAGGAAAGCUAUUGUUAAAAAAUUACCAACUGUUGAAACACUUGGAUGUGUAAAUGUGAUAUGCUCAGAUAAAACUGGUACCAUUACCAAAAAUGAGAUGACUGCUACGAUUCUUGUAACAUCAGAAGGGUAUAUAGCUGAUAUUACUGGAGCUGGUUAUAACGAUAAAGGUGAAGUGCGGAUAAGGAAGUGCGAUAACGCUGAACUUGCACGUACUGCGAUUAGUCAUAUGUUAGAAGUAGGAUGCGCGUGUAAUAAUGCUGUAAUACAAAAUGACACUUUACUUGGUCAGCCAACUGAAGGUGCUUUAUUAGCAUUGUCAAUGAAAUUUGGAAUGUAUGGUUGUGCUGAAAAAUAUUUGCGCCUCCAAGAAUAUCCGUUUUCUUCUGAACAAAAGAUGAUGGCUGUUAAAUGUGCACCAAAAUACGAUGAAAAUAAGCAGGAAAUAUAUUUUGUAAAAGGAGCUAUGGAAAAGAUAUUGCCACAAUGCACAAAAUAUUAUGCAAAUGGUCAGGAAUUUCCUUUGAAUCAAAAGAAAGAUCAAGAAUUUUUAACAGUGGCCUAUGAUAUUGGUCAACAAGGCCUGAGAGUAAUCGGUCUUGCGCGCGGUUCUUCUCUACAAGAUCUUGUUUAUGUUGGACUUGUGGGUAUAUGUGAUCCACCGAGGUCACACGUUCGUGAAUCAAUUGCAACUCUGAUGAACAGUGGGGUAAAAGUUAAGAUGGUUACGGGUGAUGCUAAAGAAACUGCAGUUGCUAUUGCAAGUAUGAUUGGUUUGGACACUCUUCAUUCACGUUUGAUGUCUGGUGAUGAAAUUGAUUCAAUGUCCGAGCAUCAGUUAGAGCAAUUAAUAGAAAAUGUUAGUGUCUUUUAUCGAGUUACACCUAAACAUAAAUUGUGUAUUGUAAAGGCAUUACAACGAGAAGGCAAUAUUGUGGGUAUGACGGGAGAUGGUGUAAACGAUGGAGUAGCUUUAAAAAAGGCUGACAUAGGUAUAGCUAUGGGUAAGAAUGGCACUGACGUUUGCAAAGAAGCAGCUGAUAUGAUAUUGGUUGAUGAUGAUUUUGGAACGAUUAUUGCUGCAAUUGAAGAAGGUAAAGGUAUCUUCCACAACAUUCGUAACUUUGUACGAUUUCAACUGAGCACCAGCAUAGCAGCACUAUCUUUAAUUGCUCUUGCUACAUUAAUGGGUGUACCAAAUCCAUUAAAUGCAAUGCAGAUACUUUGGAUUAAUAUUAUUAUGGAUGGUCCACCUGCACAAAGUUUGGGAGUAGAACCCGUUGAUAAAGAUGUUUUAAAACAGAAACCACGAAAUAUUAAAGAACCUAUGAUUACGAAACAUCUUAUAAUAAACGUAUUAUUGUCUGCUUUUAUUAUCAUUGCGGGUACAGCAUGGGUAUAUAAGAGAGAGAUGACAUCAGAUGGUCACACUGCAAGAGAUACAACAAUGACAUUCACUUGCUUUGUUUUCUUUGAUAUGUUCAACGCGUUAAGUUGCAGGUCACAGAAAAAAUCUAUUUUUACCAUUGGAUUAUGGAGUAACAAAAUGUUCUUGGUAGCAGUAACAUUAUCGGUAAUAGGACAAAUGUUAGUUAUUUAUUUUCCUCCAUUGCAAAGAGUUUUUCAAACAGAGGCAUUAACUGCAAAUGAUAUCUUAUUCUUAGUUGCAUUGACAUCGAGUGUGUUUGUGAUUAGUGAAAUUAAAAAGUUUCUGGAAAGGUUACUUCAAAAGCGACGUACUGGUGGACAAUACUACAUUAAAUCAGAGAUGGACUUUGUAUGACAGUUGCAGUCUGCCGAGGAUAAGGCGGACAAAGAUCACGUGGAGUGAAUAUAUUAAAAUGAUUCGACUAGAGCGAUUGGUCGCCCAUCUAUUAACUUUUUUCCACUACAUUCUCAAUUGUCCUUGCAUAUUUGCAAUUUACACGCACACUUCUUAACAAAGAUAUUGUGCUGUUUUCAUAAUCUAUGACUGCAUUUUUUUACCGUUUAUAAAAUUUCCGAUUGAAUUUCAUAAAUUUCUAUCCGCACAUAGAUGAUGAGAGUCUCUGUUGUAAAUACAGCGACUAUAAAAAAAUUAGAUCAUUUCACUUCUUGUCUUGAAUAACUAUGAUUGUACAUGUGGUAGAUAUUAAUAAUCUCUGCACAUUCCAUGCACUUCAAAUAUUAUACCAUUACUCUUUUAAUAUCGUGUAUGGUUAUUAAUUGUACGUAUCUUUUUCCACGAGAUAGUACUCCCGUGUGUAUCAUCUUCUUUAAACAACGAUUCCCAAUAUUUCAUCAGAUUUGAGAAAAGAUAAAUUCUCUCGUAAGGCAAAUCAAUCUUAUAAAUAUCCCGAUUUAUUAAAGAAUCAUACAAGAAUGUCUACUAUCAACAAAAAAUUAUAGGUAAAUAAUUGUUCUAUGAAAGAAAGUCAAACACAUUUACAAAUUUAUACAUUUAUUAUAUUUAAGAAUAUAGAUAAUUAUAGGUGGAAAAUAAAUGAUCUGGUAAUGUUCCUUGA